ACGACGUGAGCUGUCAGCUGUAAUAAUUUUUUUGUUUCUUUGUGUUUAUUACGCCUAAAAAUGUUAUGAUCAUUGCAAAUACGUGAAUAUGGGUGCGAAAGAUUCAAAACCUAGUUUUAUAUCUUAUGACGAUGCAGCUAAACGAGUGUCUGAUAGUGAAUUGAGGCGUAUUCGUGAGGCGUUUAAGAGAUGUGCCGGAGCGAACGGCUCGACCUUGAGCUUGGAAGCAUUCGUUCAUGAAGUUUUGUGUGAUGGGGUUCCUUACGAAGUGUCAGAGUGGUUGUAUCAAGCUUGUGGGGGUACUAAGCGCGGUAUUAAUUUCAAGGACUUACUCUGUGGUGUUGUUGUUCUAACUAAAGGAAACAUUGAAGAAAAAAUUAAGUUCCUCUGGACUCUAUAUGUGAAUAAUCAAAGUGAAAAUGGUACUUACAUAUAUAAAAGGGACUUUGCUAAAGCUUUGCAUUUGGAAAAUACAUCACUGCCGAUAACCGAAGCACAUGGGACUGUUGAGAUUCUAACAAGUCUCUUUGGUAGUGGAGAGAGAGUAACAUUUGAUCAGUUCCGCUCCUGGCUGCUCAUACACAAGGAUGCUACUGUGCUGUCAAAAUGGUUGUUAUAUGAUAGAAGCAAUGUCGUGCAGGACUUAGAGACACCUACAUUUUACCAGAGCCUGGCUGGUGUCACACAUUUGGAAGAAAGAGAUAUAAUAGAACUAGAAAAAUGUUUCUGGUGUCUCCGAAACUCGGCGCCGACUGGCGAGCUGGACGCGUCCAGCUUGCGUGGUCUUCUGACGCCGCCGUUGCCUCGCGCCGCCUUCGAGGGCACCUUCCUCGCCUUCGACGAGAACAGAGACGGACACAUCGACUUCAAGGAGUUGUGCUGCGGGCUCAGCGCCGCCUGCAGGGGACCCACAACGGAGAGGCUCAAAUUCUGCUUCAAGAUUUUCGACCUGGAUAGAGACGGGAUCCUGAACAAGAAAGAGCUAAACGACAUGGUGGGCAUACUCUGCACGGUCGCCAACGAGGCCAUAAAGAAUCAGGGCUCACGGUCCUCAACGCCUUCCGAAGCCGAGCCCGAAACAGACAAGGGUUUCGAUCCCGACGUCAUCUUGCUGAACCUCAGGGACAAGCUGGUCGUGGUCCCCGACGAGGGCGGUAAACCUGUGUUUCAUCUCGGACCAACGGGUGGUGAAGAUAUUGUGAUGUUGAACGAGGUACCGACGGAGCGCGCGCUGCGUGCGGAGGAGUUCCUCAUCUGGGCGGUGGAGAGCGCGGAGUCGCUUGUCGCGCCCUUCCUCGAGCUGCUGUUCGACGUGUGUCACGUGGUGCUUGGCCUACGACCGCAGUGCAGGCAUCGCGAGCGAGACGUCGUGCUGAGUUGGUUGCGACGCGAGACGUGUCGCGGGCUGGCCGUCGGGCAGUUCUGGUACCUGGUGGCGGCAGACUGGUGGAGCGCCUGGCUGCUGUACGCAUCCGCCCCGCCCCACGCCUGCUGCCGCGCUCCGCGCCUCGACGAGCUCGUGUGCGACGACAGCUUCACAACUAACUCCACCGAGUCCAUGGGCUCACUCCUGUGGCGCGCCGAGAGCGUGUCGCUGGGCAGCGCGGGCGGCAGCAGCGGCGUCAGCAGCGCGGGCGCGGGCGGCCGGGCGCCGCCGCACCCCGGGCCCGUCGACAACGCGCGCCUGCUGGCGCCGCCGGCGUCGGGCGGCGCGGCCGUGCGCACGCUGACGGGCGAGGGCGGCCACCUGCGGCGCGACGCCACGCUGGCGCAGCACCGCGACUUCGAGCUGGUGCCCGACGCGCUGUGGCGCGCGCUCGCGCUGUGGUACGGCGCGCCCGACCCGCUGCCGCGACAGGUCAUUCGGCCGCCGAAUUCUGACGUGGAGCUGGAGCUGUACCCUCUGCAGCUGAAGAUCCUCCGUCAUGUUCCCUGUACACAGAGAAAUAGUCCUCUGAGCGCCCUGGGCACAGGUACGAGCCCGAGCGCACUGUACGCGCCGGCGCCGCCCGAGCGUCAGCUCGCCUAUACGGCGGCCUUCUCGAGACUCGCGACCGUCAAACAGGUGACGGAGUUCCUGUGCGGCGCGCUGGGGCUGGCGCGCGAGGACGUGCGGCUGUGGGCGCUGGGCGCGGCCGGCGGCGCCGCGCUGCUGCUGGACGACGAGCGGCCCUCGCUGGCCGCGCUGCGCCUCGACGAGCGCGCCCGCCUGCUGCUCGAGCUGCGUAACGCCGACCUCACCUGGCCCGAAGAGAUCGGCGCCCUCGGCGCCAGCGCGGCGGCGGGCGGCGUGGGCGCGUCCCGCUGGGUGGAGCGGCGCGAGACGCUCACGGCGCCGCAGAUGGCGGGCGCCACGGGCCUGCACAACCUGGGCAACACCUGCUACAUGAACGCGGCGCUGCAGAGCGUGUGGAACACUAGUCCGCUGACGCAGUACUUCAACUCUGGCAUGCACCUGUACGAGGUGAACACGACAAACCCGCUCGGGACCAAGGGCAUGCUCGCCAUGCGCUUCGGCGAGCUGUGCAAGGAGGUGUGGUCGUGCAGCGCGCGCUCGGUGGCGCCGCUGCGCGUGCGCUGGUGCGUGUCGCGGCACGCGCGCGCGCUGGCGGGCGGCGGGCAGCACGACGCGCAGGAGCUGCUGGCGUGGCUGCUGGACGCGCUGCACGAGGACCUCAACCGCGCCGCCGCGCCCCCCGCGCCCCGCCCGCCGCCCGCGCCCGCGCCCGACUGCGACGACCGCCCCGACCAGGUACUGGCGGCGGAGGCGUGGGCCGCGUUCACGGAGCGCAACCAGUCCAUCAUGACGGAGCUGUUCUACGGACAGCUCAAGUCGAAGGUGCGCUGCAGCGCGUGCGGGCACGAAUCCGUGCGCUUUGACACCUUCAACAUGCUCAGCCUGCCGCUACCCAUGGAGUCCUACGUGCGAGUGACUGUCAGAGUAAUACUAUUGGACGGAUCUGUUCCGGUCAAGUACGGCGUGAGAGUGAACUCGGAAGGAACGUACUUAGAUCUUAAGAAAAAUUUAUCGGAACUGUGUGGACUACCACCCGAGUCACUGCUGCUGGCGGAGCUGUCGGGCGCGCUGCUGGGCCGCGUGCUGCGCGACGCCGACAGGGUGAGCGGCGCGACCGCGCACGACCUCUACGCCUACGAGUUGCCGCCCGCCGACGACGACAGCGACGCCGACUCGCUGGACCGCGAUUUCGGAAUAGAUUUGGACGAAACGGACUCUGGCGUGACCGAGGGCGAGGCUGACGGCACGGCGGGCAGCGAGGCAGAAGCCGAGCUGGAAGCAGACGCGGAGGCAGAAGCGGAGGCGGAGGCGGAGGCGGGUCGCGGCGAGGUGAGUGUGGCGCACGCGCGCGCCUCCUCCUCGCUCUGCAUGCCCGCACUCUUCUGCUUCAAGCGCUCCCGCUCCGAGGCGCUGCUGGCGCGCCACACGCUGCCGCGCGCGCACGCGCCGCCCUCGCCCUCGCCCAGCGCGCGCUCCCUCGCGCCCCGCCCGCGCCGCCCCGCCUCGCGCGCCGCCUCGCGCGCCGCCUCGCCCGCCGCCUCGCCCGCCGCCUCGCCCGCCGCCUCCUCCGCCGCCUCCUCCGCCGCCCCGGCCGACGUGCGCUACCUCGUCGCCGUGCACAGGAAGCAGGUCGGCGUCGACGCGUACUUCGUGCCGUGGCAGCGCUCGCGCGUGGCGCUGUUCGGCGUGCCGCUGCUGGUGCGCGCGAGCCCCGGCGCGUCGGGCCGCGAGCUGUACGCGCGCGUGUGGGCGCAGCUGGCGCGCCUGCUCACCAAGCGCGCGCCCGCCGCCACCGCCAACCACGCCACCGACUGCGACGACAGCCUGGGCUACGAGUUCCCGUUCACGCUGCGCGCGGUGAGCGCGGCGGCGGGCGGGCUGUGGUGCGCGCGCUGCGCGUGGCCGGCGCUGUGUCGCGGCUGCGCGCUGCCCUGCGACGACCGCCCGCUCGUGUCCUGCAACGGUAUGGUCCGCACCCGCAAGCGGUCGCUGAGCGCGCGCUCGGGCGACGCCCCCGACUCCAACUCGCCCAUCGCCAAGGCCAAACUCAACCGACAGACCAGCUCCCGCCUCGACGACAACGACGACACGUCUCGUCGCGGCUCAUUGCGACGCCUCGAGCUGGGUGCCGGACGUCUGAUGUUGGCCGUGGACUGGGACCCCACCGCGCUACAUCUGCGAUACCAGGCCGCCAGAGAGAAGGCGUGCGUGGAGCACGGGUCGGUGUGCGCGAGCGCGGCGGCGGCGGCGCGGCCCGUGGACCUGGCCAGCUGUCUGCGCGCCUUCACGCGAGAGGAGCGCCUGGAGCAGCGCUACCACUGCGCCCGCUGCCGCGCCAAGCAGCCCGCCACCAAGAAGCUGCAGAUCUGGCGUCUGCCGCCCGUCAUCAUCAUCCAUCUAAAGCGUUUCCAGUACGUCAACAACAAAUGGAUAAAAUCACAUAAAGUUGUCAACUUCCCGUUCCAAGACUUCGACCCCACCCCCUACCUCGCUUCCGUGCCGCAGGAGACCAUACUCCGACAUAUGGAACUGAAAAAUGUGACGAAACGACGAUCAUCCAUGUUCGUCGACGUGGACGACCAUAUAUCGGAGAGUGAUACGGAUAAUUCCGAUGAUGAAGUCUCGAAACCGAAUGAUGUGAUGUCGAACGGAGCGCUGAGAAACGAGAGCAACGUGGAAAGGAUGAACCGAGAGCCGGCAGAGCUUAAGGAGAGAAAGAGACUUGAAUCGACGAGUUUGACGAACACGCCCGUACUCGACGACAACCUGGUUGACUACCACCAGCACCACCUGAAACCUGAACAAGAUCCGUUCGACUUGAAAUACAGAUUGUAUGCUGUCGUGUCGCACUCGGGGCAGUUGAGCGGCGGGCACUACGUGGCGUACGCGCGCAACCCGUCGGGCGCGUGGCUGUGCUACAACGACAGCUCGUGCCGCGAGCUGCCCGCGCGGCCGACGCCGGCGCUGGACGCGGCCGCCGCCUACCUGCUGUUCUACGAGCGGCGCGGGCUGCGCGCGGACGCGUACGUGCCGCGCGCCGCGCACGCCGGGCCGCGCGCGCCGCCGCCGCCCGACGACGACGACCUCGGCCGCGGCUGCGUGAUCGCCUAGCUUGCGUCAAUACGAUUUAAACUCGACUGUUAUUUUUAUUUUUAUGUCAAAUCGACCAUUCCUGUUGUUUUGAGACUUUCAAAUAUUUUAUUGUGAUAAAAUUUCAAAAUGUUACUUCUUGCUGUUGCGUUUUAAGUUGUGUGAAUUUAAUUUAGACUUACUCAAAUUUAAUUAAUUACUCCUAUCGCAGCUUAGCAGUAAUUUAGGUAAUUAUUUAAUACGAAAGUCAUAUAAAAUAGUUAUAUUAAAUGUGAUAUGUUAAAAUACAUUAUGAAACUUGAUCAAAACUCGCAAAUUAUUUACUUACAUAAUUUUGUGUCAACGAUACAACACUGUCUGUAUAUUAAAUGGAGACUGAUGUGAGGUUAAAUAGAUAUUGUAAAUGAAUGUGAUGUGCUAUAUAGCUCAUAGGAUAACUCAAAAUAUAUUUAAAUUUUAUUAUAAGAUAAUGAUUCAACUGAAAGUAUUAGCAGCAAUGGAAUAUUAUAUAUUCACUUUCAUAUAUGUAAUUAUUUAUUUGUUUGGCUAAAUAUAACUAAUUGCUCUCCAUAAAACAACAAGUAUUAAAAGUUGAGCAUAAUUUAAGACUUGGACAAUAAGUAUUCCUUGAUCUAAAUAAUUGUUAAAUAAAGGAAUAUUUCCAGAUUGAAUCUAUGAAUAAUAUCAAUACACAUUUUAUCAGCCUGUAAAGAUUAUCUGUUUUCACACUCAAACCUACUGGACUUGAAAUGUGAAUUAGGGGUAGGCUGGGACCUGUAAAAGAAUAUAGACUUAUACAUUGCAGGAUGUACGAAAAAAAUAUAACAAGGCAGACGAAGGAAUUGUGUGGAACAGCCUUUCUAUUAUUAAAUAAUAAUAUCUGUGUUCUACAAAUAAAAACCGCUAUUUUUCAAAAAAAAAAUCCUACUUUCUAUUUUAAAACAUAGUAUUAAAUAUUGUAUGUAAAAUUUGGUUUUAGUACAUAUUUUUAUAGUUUUGUCGUCAUCUAUUAAAAUUUGUUCAGUGUCCGAUUAAGUGAUUUGAUUUGAUUUCAAUGUUAUCCUACACUUGUUUAUGUAAACGAAAAUAUGUUUACUUAAUUUAAAAAAAAAAACAGAACAAAAUGAUAAAUUGAUGUUUCGUUUAUCUGU